UGCCCUCUAGGUGUCAGCCAAGAGCGCACCUGUUGUUGCGGUCUAAACAGAACACUGACUCACUGAGCCUAGUAUCGGCGUUAGCUUCUGCAAUAUUCUAGCCACCCCAGGCUCGGGGUUUUGUCCUUCAUUUGUUUGCAAGCUUCAUCAAGGCUCGUUUCACUCACAGAACAUGCAGAAAUAUGAAAAGCUUGAAAAAAUCGGAGAGGGUACAUAUGGGACCGUCUUCAAGGCAAAAAAUAGAGAAACCCACGAAAUAGUGGCGUUGAAACGGGUCAGGCUGGACGACGACGACGAGGGAGUGCCAAGUUCAGCUUUGAGAGAAAUAUGUCUUCUUAAGGAAUUAAAGCAUAAGAACAUCGUCAGACUACAUGAUGUGCUGCACAGUGACAAGAAGUUAACCUUGGUUUUUGAAUAUUGUGAUCAGGACUUGAAGAAGUAUUUUGACAGCUGUAAUGGCGAUCUAGAUCCAGAAACUGUAAAGUCGUUCAUGUACCAACUGCUGAAAGGCCUUGCUUUCUGUCACAGUCGAAAUGUUCUUCAUAGAGAUCUGAAGCCCCAGAAUCUCCUCAUCAACAGAAACGGAGAACUGAAGCUAGCUGAUUUUGGGUUGGCUCGAGCCUUCGGCAUUCCUGUCAGAUGUUACUCAGCAGAGGUGGUGACGUUGUGGUAUCGACCUCCAGAUGUCUUAUUUGGCGCUAAACUUUAUUCUACCUCCAUCGACAUGUGGUCAGCCGGGUGCAUAUUUGCAGAGCUGGCUAAUGCUGGACGGCCAUUAUUCCCUGGCAAUGACGUGGACGACCAGCUGAAAAGAAUCUUCAGAUUGUUGGGAACACCCACCGAGGAACAGUGGCCGACUAUGACGAAGCUUCCUGAUUACAAGCCAUAUCCCAUGUAUCCAGCCACCACAUCACUGGUGAACGUGGUUCCCAAGCUAAGCAGCACAGGACGAGAUCUACUGCAGAACCUGUUGAAAUGUAAUCCUGUCCAGAGGAUUUCAGCGGAAGAGGCCUUGCAGCACCCUUACUUUGCUGAUUUCUGCCCACCCUAAACACUAAAUUGCUCCUUACUGAGGAUCAGAGACACAGGAACCAAUAAUCCAUCACUCGUUUUAUCAUUAGAACCACCUCUCAAACCCCUCACUGGUACUUGAGCAGUUCGUUCUUUUGUGCCUGUGUGUGAAACAAAGCCCCGGUGGCUCUGCUGUGUUUUAGGGCCUUCUAAGUUAAAUGCCUGUGUAAUUUGGUCCAAACACACCUCAGCCAGUUAGCACCAACAUGAGCAGAUGUUGCAUUGAAUAAAUUUUUUUUUAUAUAUUCCUAGAAUUGUUUAUUUCCUGCUAUUUUGCCUGUUUUAAUAGUGUUUUAUUAUCAGAAUUUUAAUUUAUUAAGUUUUAACUGGGAUUUAUCCUAAUCGAUACUCAUUUAACUUGUUUAAUUAUCUCAGACGCUUGAGAAUCAAAGUGCUUGUAUAUAACGCAUCAAUUACUCACUCAGCCUUUGUAAAAGAUUCAGUAGUAUCCCUAAGGAAGUAGCUUAAACCGACUGAAUCUGCAGAGAUGUGUACAGACAUUUUAAUCCCCUUAACAAAUAUUUAUACUAGCAGGAAUGGGAAAAUGUGAAAGUAAAUGAGCUCAGACAGUGACUGAAAUCCUGUGACUCUGGACAAAUAAUGUAAAGAUGGCAGUAGAUGUGAAGUCUUUUAUGAGAUUUUUUGCACACACUGAUUUUAUUAUUAUUGUACCCACUUGGGUACUUGACACAGACCAAACAGACAGCUCAGUUCUGCAUUAACGUGUCCGGACAGUCCCCAAAUCACGUCACACAACCUUUGAUCAGAGCUGGAUCAGUCCCUCGUUCUCUCUCUGAACUUCCACAUACAACAUCUAUGUGCAGUAAAGAUGCACCAAACCUGAUCUUUAAGUAGUUUUGUGUAUAUAUACAAAUCUAUAGCGUCAGCCAUUUAUUAUGACCAUGUUUAAAUCUGUAAGUCACAAGAUCCGUGUAUAUUUAUCUAAAUUUUUGGAGCUUGUUUGUUAGUGGUAAGUUGCCAAAAGCUACAAAAGGCCAUGCUCGUCUACAACGCGACUCAUUUAUCUCAUCAGAGGUUUAAAUGCUUAUGGACAUUCACUAAUUGUGUCUAUUUCUAGAUUGCGAAAUAAUAGAAACUAAUUUAGUUCUUUCUUAGUUAUUUCAUGCAAUUUAUCUGUUUUUCCUAUUUCCACCAGUAGUGUUCAUUAACUUUACACUUCUUCAAAAAAUUACAGCCAUCAAUAAAUAGAAUAGUGACAUUUUAUGGCUCUUUUAUAUUUAUUAUGGUUUAUAUAUUUUGGGGGGUAGAAAUGCAAAUAAAAUGACAAGAAUCAGUUUCACAUUUUUUAUGAUUGUUUUCACCAGUAUCAGUUUCCAUUUGUAACAUGUUAUAACAGCUGUUUGUUUCAUCUCCAUGGUUACUGCUGCUGUAUGAAGCCAACAGCAUGAGUAUUGUCUAACGCAUCUGUCUCACUAAACCGUUUUUCCAUUUAAUUAUGUGAGACAAUGAAUGCAUGUAUUUAUUAAGAAUGGAGUGUUUUUAUUCUUAUUUAUGAAAUGUACCAAACAUUUUUCUAUUGUACAGAAACAUUCUCUGUAGAAAAGUUGUUUUAUUGCCUCUUUUUAGAUUUUGUUUUACAGCUUUUUCAAACUUAAAUGAAGGGUUGGUUUUGCACUUUGACCUCUGUUUUGGCUAGAACCUGGGAGAAACAUUGUGACUGUAUGUUUAAGCCACUAAGACACAGUAAAAUCUGCACAAAUAUA